AAACCAAUGUAAACCUUCUCUUUUUGCUGGAAUCUGAAGAAAAUAAAACCAGGCCAAUUACCUGCACCAGGACAAGGCAGUCAUAUUUUGUCAGAUUUUCGUUCCUGCAAACUAUUUUGGUAAUUAAAAGAACCCCCGCGGGCAACCAUGUCCACGAUUACCAGAAGCGCCAGCGCGAGUCCAAUGGCGCUCAAUGGUGUCAUCGAUGCCAGCCUCUUCCCCCUGAAGUCCACGGCCGAUGUGGUCAAUUUGUUCCGUCGCGCUUUAACCUCUGGCAUAGAGCCCGAUCUCACCUUGCUCUCCAUUGUGGUUGGCUACAUCGAGUUGUCUCUGACAACAGGAGAGGCUGCUGCGCAGGCCGCUCAGGCUGCGGCCGCCGCUGCCGCAGCAGGUGACAUCAGUCAGGCGGCGACAGGUGGAAGCGAUGUCAUCAUGGGAAACAGCGUUCCGUUCCCGGUAGUUACCCACGAACUGAUCGCCGGCCUCUAUAAGAAAUUCCAGACGAUCUUGUCGGUGGUCGAAAAGCCAAAGCCCCACCGCCAGGCCACCCGAGAGGUGAUCAAGAAGGUAUCGGACGUGAUCUGGAACUCGCUGAUCCGCAGCAGCUACAAGGAUCGCGCGCAUCUGCAGAACCUCUACAGUUAUCUGUCGGGUAAUAAGUUGGACUGUUUUGGAGUUGCUCUGGCCGUGGUGGCGGGAUGCCAGCUGCUGGGCUACAAAGAUGUGCGACUGGCCAUUUCCGAGGAUCAUGCGUGGGUGGUGUUUGGCCAAAAGCGCGUGGAAACCAUCGAGGUAACAUGGCACGGCAAAGGCAGCGAAGAUAAGCGGGGACAGGAUAUUCGCCCUGGGAUCGAAUCUGGAUCGUGGCUCUACUUGGGUGGUUUGGCGGUGGUAUGCGAGCGUGGAAUGGAAGUGGCGGCUAUCUGUGCCGCUCUGAAUAUCUCGCUGACCUCGAACAGUGACUGCGUGGAAGUGGCAGAGCUUCAGCAGCAGCUUUUGUGGUUACUCUAUGACCUGGGACACCUUAAACGCUAUCCGAUGGCUCUGGGCACUCUUGGUGAGCUGGAGGAGAUCCAUCGGACACAUCCGAGCGUUAGUUGCGAGCAGCUAUACCGCGAGGCCAUAGAAUCGGCAAGGACGCACUACCGAAAUCAUCACGUAUAUCCGUAUACUUACCAGGGAAACUACUAUAAUAGAUUGCUAAAGUACAGAGACGCCUUUGCCGCAUGGGCAAAUGCGGCGGACGUAAUCCGCUUGUAUACGUAUCAAUGCCGGGAUGACGAGGAGAUCUACAAAGAGCUACUGGACAUUGCCAACGAGUUAAUACCGUAUGUGAUGAAAACCGAGAGUUCAGGUCAUUCGGCGAGAAGUAUUCUACGAGAUUCGGAGGUGUUUGCCAAUUUGUUGAGAUUCUACGACGGCAUCUGCCAGUGGGAGGAAGACAGCUUGACGCCCAUAUUGCAUAUUGGUUGGGCCAAGCCCCUGGUGAAUAAUAUAACCAAGUUUGAUUUCGACAUUAGGUCCCAGGUGGUCAUAAAGUUGCCUGAGGAUCUGGUAGCGGAACAGGCGAAGGCGGAGCAGGCAAGGGCGGAACAGGAGGCUAAGGAAGCUAAGGAGUCAAAGGAAGCUACGGGAUUAGAGGCUUUGGAGGGUAAUAACAACACGUUGGUGAAAAAGGAAGAGAAGACAAAAAGUUCGGAGUUGCCGACUACUUUGGCCGAUUUAACCGCUGCCUGCGGCGAGAAAAUCCUUAAUCCAGACUUCCUGCUCCAGGGCGGAGGUCAGCCCUUUGCCGACCAGAAGCAACAAGCUUCUGUUGAGGAAUCGGAUAUUAUUGAACUCCACAACAACAAUAAUAACAGCAACAGCAAUAACAACAACCAUAAUUCCGACAAAAAGGAGGUUCCAGCAAACACAGCAACAACAACAACAACUAAUGCAAGCAAUGGCAGUAGCACCUCUGUCCAAUUGCCCGUUUCUAGCGAGGCUAGCAAUGCCGGCCAAGCCCAGUCCCAAAAUCUUACAAAUGCCCAACAGGGCAAACCACAGCACAAAGAAGCUAAAAAUGAGGAGAUGAGUGACGACUACGACCCCUUCGAGAUAAUGCUCAAGAGGCCAGUAAUCACGUUGUACAGCCAAAAGAUGAAGGGCCUAAAGGAUCUCUUGCUGGCCGAAAAGCUCAACACCCAUGCCAUUUCUCUCCAAGUCACCGCCCAGUCGGUUGCCUCCCGAAAGGUUCGGGGAGUGGAGAAACAAUCGGCUACAAUUUCAGCCACCAUUACAGCUAUUUCGUCAAACUCCGGCGACAAUCUGCUAAGUGGCGUUGGUGGUGGAGGAGGUAGUGGUUCAGGGGCCACAGGCGGAGCGUCGUUAUCAUCAUCGUCCCCAGGAGGAGAUUCAAUAGCCGCCUCACGUCCAAAGAGAACGCGUCGCGAGUAAUCCUCAUUGUUGUGUAUUACAUAUUGGAAAAUUCUUUAUUAAUCAAGUGUGCUAGUGUAGGUGGUUCGAUUUUUUUUUGUGGAUUAUGUAAUUGCUAACUUAUUAUUUUCUUUACUAAGUUUUAUUAAAGUCAAGGACUGACAUAAUUAAGUCAAAACAGACGUAUACAUUAAAUUGGAAAUAUUUUUUAUACAUUUUUAAAGAAAAUUGUUUUAUAAGUUAGAGAUCCAAGAUUCAUUUUCGACCAUUUGACCUAUCAAAGUUUUGUCUUGAACCGUAGAAAAUCGAGCCACCAUAAGACCGCGCACAUAAUAUAUAUGCUAUCAUAUUUUUGAUGUUCGAUGUGUAUUUAUAUAGUUCGUAAGCGCGAGACGAAACAAAAAAAUGAAGCCGUUAUAGAACGCUUAGCGUUGAAAAAAGAAAUAUAAAAUGUGAAACACACACUGACAUGUCCCAACAAACAAAAACAGGCACACAAAACGCUAAGUUAUGCUAAGUAUUUAUAACGUAUUUUUAGCUGUUAUAGUUUUCUUUUAUGUAUUUAUUGCUAUAACUGUCUAUUUCCCCUCCAUCAUGUUUGAACAUUUUUUUAUUAUUAUUGUUUAAGCGUAACUUAAUUGGUGCUCUUUUUCGAAAUCGAAAGCAGAAAAUCGGUUCUAUAUAUGAUUUUGAUUAAAUUUUUAUCAACAAGAAAACUUGAUGGAAAUCUAAAAUGGAUAUCGAACUGCUCAUAUUUAUGUAUUUACUUUAAAGCAUUUUAUUGAGGCUAAGCUGUUUGAUUUAACUCGAUUUACAUGUAUACCCUGUAAUAUUUAAGAAUUCAAUACUUUGUUACGAACUGUUGACUUGAAACAACGAAACAGUUGGCAAAUCCGAAUGGUAAACAAAAGAAUACAUAUUUAACACUUCCUCUA